AUGGCUGCAGAGAACCGCGUGGAAAGUCUCCAGGAGGAAGUUACAUGUCCCGUCUGUCUGGAGUAUUUCACAGAACCUGUCACUCUGAAGUGUGGGCACAAUUUCUGCCGAGCCUGCAUCGGCCAGUGCUGGGAGGGAUCCGACACAGCUGCCUCCUGCCCUCAGUGCAGAGAAACUGUGCAACAGAGAAACCUCAGGCCAAACAGGCAGCUGGCAAAUGUCCUAGAAAUAGCCAAACGGCUGAGUUUACAGGCAGCAAAAGGAGCAGGAGGGGACUGGGUGUGUGGGGAACACCAGGAGGCUUUGAAACUGUUCUGUGAAGAGGAUGAAACCCCCAUCUGUGUGAUCUGCAGAGAGUCCCGGGUUCAUUGCGCUCACACAGUGGUUCCCAUACAGGAAGCUGCCCAGGAGUACAAGAAAAAAAUUCAGGCCCAUUUGAAGGCUCUGAGGGAAGAGAGAGAAAAGCUGCUGGGAUUUAAAGUGACUGGAGAGGGGAAACGCCAGGAGUAUCUGGUAGUGAAUGUGACUCUGGAUCCUGACACGGCUCAUCCCCGACUUGCCAUGUCUGAGGAUCGGAAAAGUGUGAGAUGGGGAGACACAUGGCAGGAUCUGCCCGACAACCCUGAGAGAUUUGACUUGGAUACCUGUGUGCUGGGCUGUGAGGGAUUCACCUCGGGGAAACAUUGCUGGGAGGUGGUGGUGGGGGUUGGGCGAUUCUGGGCUGUGGGGGUGGCCAGAGAGUCUGUGAGGAGGAAGGGAGGGAUCAGCCUCAGCCCUGAUGAGGGGAUCUGGGCUGUGGAGCGGUGGAGGGAUCAGUUCCAGGCUCUCACCUCCCCUGAGAUCCCCCUGCCCCUGAGCCAGAUCCCCAGCAGGAUCCGGGUUUGUCUGGACUGUGACCGGGGGCAGGUGACAUUUAUCGAUGCUGGUGAUGAGGCCCCGAUCUUCACUUUCCCGCCAGGCUCCAUCCCUAGGGAGAGAAUCCGACCCUGGCUCUGGGUGGGCGUGGAAAGCACAGGUGACCACGCAGAGCUCAUCAGCACAGGGGGGGCCGCCACCACUAUCCCACCCCUGACCGUGGAUUCCGAGGGGGAUGUACUCUCAGCCAUGCCUGAAGAUUUUGCGGACAGGGAAGAGGAGGAAGAGGAGGAGGAGGAGGAGCUUGCGGAAAGCACAGAGCACUCCGUUCUCCCCAACAGCCAGGAUCUUUUUCUCAGCCUGAUUGAAGUACCCUCCCAAGGCGAGAUUGUGGAGCACACAGCAAGCAGCAAUAACAAUGGGAAUAUUGGUUUGGCUGAGGUCUAA